CUUGUUUUCUUUCCCAGCGUCCUCAGCAGACAGACAGCAGUGGGCAGCAGACGCCUGUGGAGGUGUCACUUCACACCUCCUGCUGUAUAAAAUCCUCCUCCGAUUCUGAAUCUCCAGCCUACACUCUUUCUUCCGAAAGCAAGAAAGAUGGAUGUUUCCUCUCCUCCCUUCAGCUACAGCUCUCUCAGCUCUGAUUCCGAGGUCUACAACAUCUCGUCUCCCGAAUCUAUAAGUGAAGGAAGGCCGAAGUCGAGGAAGGCGCGCUGCAAGAACCCGAGCAAGCAGAGAAGGAAUGCCAGCGAGAAAGAAAAGCUGCGGAUGAGAGAUCUGACCAAAGCGCUUCACAAUUUAAGGACGUUCCUUCCGCCGUUCGUGGCUCCUGCCGGACAAACGCUCACCAAAAUCGAGACGCUGAGACUCGCCAUACGCUACAUCUCCUACCUGUCCUCUCAGCUUGACCUCCAGAUGUCCUACUGCCAGCACACACAGCUCAGAUCUCCUCACCACAGCUCCAUGUCACAUUCCUGGGAAGCAGGAAACCUUGGGAAUAAAACAGAAGCCUUCAACUUCCAGCAUAAUAAACCCCCUCACGGUGCUUUUGAUGAAUCCUGGACGCUCCACGAUGCAGAAGAACACAUCACUCCUCCUCACAGCGACGUCGCCUGCGCUCAGGGACUCUACGGACGUCACGUUACACUCCAGUCGGAAAGCGGGUUUAUCCAAGCGGGAACAGAGCAAAGAGACGCGAUUAAACUGGAAAUUCAUGACUGUGGGGAACUCUUCAGCUCUGACUUCCAGUCUCUCAUGAAUCCACAAGUGUCUCUGCCACAGCAGGACUACAGUAGAGCCGAGCAGCUCGACGACACGACAGGACACGACUUCUGGGUCUGAAGCUUAUCGGCAUCUUUACUACGAAUUCACGUCCGUGUACAAACAUUUAUUUAUUCUAAAUUAACAUUUUGUCUUAUUGUAACAUUUCUAUUUUAA